CACACACUGCUGCAUUGAGCCGAAAACAAGACAAUCGUAAUCUUCUCGCGGACACAGCUGAUGACAUUUUCGUAGAAACGUUGGUUUGCGUUGCAAUGGAGAAGCCUCCUUUCAGACAAAAUCAAAACUGCGGAGACUGGGAGUUGAAAGAAAGGUUGGGCAUGGGUGGCUUUGCCCAUGUUUACCUCUACCAACAUCAUCAAACAAAUGAAAAACUAGCUGUGAAAAUGUGCCGUCUGGAGUUGACACCGAGAAAUAAGGACAGAUGGAGCCGAGAGAUCCAGAUCAUGAAAAAGUUAAAUAACAUCAAUGUUGUGACAGCCAGAGACGUGCCCGAGGAGAUGAAGCACAUAGCCUUGAAUGAUCUUCCACUGCUGGCCAUGGAGUACUGCUCCAGGGGAGACCUAAGAAAGAUGCUUAGUAAACCUGAAAACUGCUGUGGCUUAAAAGAAAGUGAAGUGCUUUCGCUACUCAACGAUGUUGGAUCUGGCAUCCAGUAUUUACAUGAAAACAAAAUUAUACACAGAGACCUUAAACCAGAAAACAUAGUACUGCAAGAUGUCAAUGGGAAGCUGGUUCACAAAAUUAUUGACUUGGGUUAUGCUAAAGACUUGGACCAAGGCAGUCUCUGUACCUCAUUUGUCGGCACUCUCCAGUAUCUAGCACCUGAGCUAUUUGAGAAUAAACCAUACACUGUUACUGUGGACUACUGGAGUUUUGGCACAAUGAUAUUUGAAUGCAGCUGUGGUUUCCGACCGUUCUUGCACAACCUGCAGCCUGUCCAGUGGGCCAGCAAAGUGCGGAACAAAGGUCCAAAAGACAUCAUGGCUGUAGAGGAACUGAAUGGAGAAGUCAGGUUUUCCACACAUCUCCCAUACCCCAAUAAUCUCAGCAGGACACUGCUGGACCCCAUGGAAGCACUGUUGCAACUUAUGCUGAAGUGGGAUCCUGUCCAAAGAGGAGGCAGAGUCAACCCUGACAACAAGAAACCCCACUGCUUUGAACUGCUGGAACAGAUUCUGAGUAUGAAGGUCGUCCAUGUCCUGAACAUGACAACGGCCCAGGUCCACUCUUUCCAGCUGGCUCCAGAUGAGAGUCUCCACAGCUUGCAGAAGUGCAUUGAGGGUGAGACCAAGAUAGAAGUGGUAAACCAGGAGCUUCUGCAGGAGACAGGGGUGUCACUGGACCCCAGGAAGCCUGCAGCACAGUGUGUCCUAGAUGGGGUGAGAGGCUGGGACAGUUACAUUGUCUACCUGUUUGACAAGAGCCUUACCAAGUACUCUGGCCCCUUUAGUGCCAGACAGCUGCCUGAUAAGGUCAACACUAUUGUACAAGAGGCUAAGACCCAGCUGCCCCUUGUUGUGCUGAAGAAAGUGUGGGGUGAAGCAGUUAGCUAUAUCUGUGGGCUUAAGGAGGACUACAGCAGACUCUUCCAGGGCCAGAGGGCUGCCAUGCUGAGUCUCCUGCGCUACAACACCAAUCUGACCAGGUAUAAGAACAGCAUGUUCGGCUUCUCUCAGCAGUUGAAGGCCAAGCUGGACUUCUUCAAAAGCAGCAUCCAAUACGACCUUGAAAAGUACAGCGAUCAGAUGCACUAUGGCAUAUCCUCUGAAAAGAUGCUGAAAGCCUGGCAGGAGAAUGAAGAGAGGGCAGCUGCUUUUGCCCAGGUGGCAGAGGUGGGCCAUCUGGAUGAGGAGAUCAUGGCGCUGCACUCGGAGAUAGUGGAGCUUCAGAGAAGCCCUUAUGCCCGUCGCCAAGGAGACAAGAUGGAGCAGCUAGAGGAAAAGGCUAUCGAACUCUAUAAGCAACUCAAGAUGAAAUGCAAAACCCCUGAGCCAGAUAUGAGCAGUGACAGCUCUGAGAUGGUUAAGGCCAUCAUUCAGACAGUCCAGAACCAGGACAAAGUGCUCAAAGAUCUGUACACCCACCUCAGUAAGAUCCUGCUCAGCAAACAGAAGAUCAUUGACCUCUUUCCAAGAAUUGAGAAGACCCUGGAGAGCAUCAAGGAUGCAGACAACACGGUGAUGCAGAUGCAGAUCAAGAGACAGAGGGAGUUCUGGCACUUACUGAAAAUAGCGUGUGCUCAGAAUUCAUCGCGAAACUCAAUAGCAGCCAGUCCGGAGACAUCCAACCCACUGCAGGUGUCUCAGUGGUCCCAGUCUGCACAGCUUGUCAGCUCCCCACACCCGCUCACCUCUCUACCUGGGCCAAAUGACAGUGAUGCAGCCCCGCGCCUGCUCCAGGAGAACCAGAAGUACCUCAGUCAGCUGACCAGCCUGAUGCAGGAGGCUGCUGAUGAGCAAGCCAAAAGCAUAGUGGACCAAGACUGGAGCUGGACCAAAUACGAAACGUUAUCGACAAAACUGAAAAAACGAAACGCCUAAGGCCUGUUAAUGAAAGCACCAUCCAACUCAUCCCUGCCUGCGCUCCACGUAACACUAAGGACUAAAUGUUGCUAACAGAAUGGAGUGGCAGAUGAUGUACAUUAGUACACUGACUUGGGAUAUUCACUUUAAAAUGGCCUUUCUGAGCCUCUUUUGAAAAGAAAAAAAAAAAACAACCGGUAGAUGAAUCCACACGAGCUUGUUGGUGCCCAUCCUCUCCCGUUGUCUCAUAUGGUGGAAAGUUUGAUCAAUGAAUAUUAUUGUUUUUAUAUGCAAAAUAUCAUCCAAACACUGAUCAUGUGUUGUGUUACUUCUCUCUAGGGAAGCAUGUAGGUUUCACAUAUUUUUAAUCACUCGCCACACAGACAGUUUAUCAUAAAUCAUUAACAAAUAAUAUUCAUCUUUGUUGUUAUCGCAAAACCAAGCAAACUUGUAG